AUGGCAUCUCCACUAUCCCACACGCCCACCCCACCAGCAUACUCCCUCUCAUCCCUAUCUCCAGCCUACCACCCCGCACUACACUACCGCUCCUCCAUCCCAUCAGACUACCUCCCCAACGACGAAUACCGCUACCUAGUCAAGCAUCAGGACCGCUCUCGUCUCGAAGCGCAUUUCGCACAGCCCUCUCUCCAACGACCCCAGAAGUUGCUACACAAGACGGCGUACCAAAAACAAGGUAACUUGAGCCGUGAACGGCGGGCAGACAUAUCUGCAACGAAGUUCGCUACGCGUGCGGCUCUGGGGGUAGGUUUUGAUUUCACUGAUGAGGGGUAUGAUAGAAUGCAAGCAGGAUGUAACUUACCGGAGACCCCGAGUAGUUCUGGUGAGCAUGAAGAGUGCGAUGAGGAGCCUGUCCCGACGAGGUAUAUCGCCGAGUUCAACGAGGAAUUGCGGAACUUGGAGAGGAGGUAUGGUGAACAUCGGCGUCAUGCUGCUGACCACGCAUCGUGGCAUAAGCAUCCAGGUACGUAUAAUGAUAAAAAACCCUUACCGCCUUAUAAGCCUUCGCUACCGCCUCUUGAGCGACACGACAGCGGGUUCGAAGAUAGAACUGUAUAUGAGCCGACACCACAGCUUCAAAGUAAGUUCAGCUGGGAUAACCUCAACGAUACCGAUGACAAGUCCCCGAAGCGGCGAAGUUUCUGGUCUCGUCAUCGGCGGAGCCGGAGCGUAGAAGCUAGUCAAGUGCAUGAAAAGAAGAAAAAGCGUAGGACUUGGUAA